GUAGGCGAUAAACAGUCGUUAUAAAAAAACGUCAAAUGCUUUUACCUUUAGUCUUGCGUUAGUCCACUGAACCACAUCGUAAUGCGAUUUUUUGCAGUUUUUAUUGGCAUUCUAAUUGUUCACUGUACCUUCGGUAGGCAGUGCCAGCAACGGAUUUCAGAAACCCUCGACAAUUGCAUGAAAAUUAUAUAUCCGGCACAUAGCGAAUUAUUCAGAAAUACGCCCUACAUGCCACAACUGUGUUUCAAAGGUAAACGAACUCCUCCGCAAGUAGUACGUGAGCAACUUAAUGAACGACGUAACUCUAACCAACAGAGUGUUAAGUACUUACUGGAUCGUCUUGAUGAUAUAUCGAGAGAUCAUACGAGGAAAAUAACAAGCGUUGAUAGCAGCGUUCAAGAGCGGUUUAUUGGCGUUCUUACGCCCUUUAAAAAUGUUGUACUAAGAGUGCAAAAAUGCGUGGAGAAACCUAACUCCUCGUGCGAGGAAAUUCAGAUGUGUUGCUCCGACGUGAAACGUAAAGAGGAUGCUCAAAGUAGUGUCAGUUUGCCGAACCUCAAGAGUUUGUUCAUCGAACGUAACACUGAGUUUGAUAAAAUAUGCAAGUCGACUAUGAACAGUAUUCGCGAUCUACAAAGAGAUCUAAAUUCUACGUUUGGUUUUAUAUAAUUGCUGUAAUUUUGGAUUGUUUUUAUGUUAGAUACUGUGAAAAUUGUACCCUGGAUCUUAUCUUGAUACAACCAUACUCUAAAUCAAAGAUAUUGAAUAAUAUUGACAAGCUUUUUAAUUUGUUUAUAGAAUACAACUACUUCAAUUAUUUUAUAACAUUCACUCCUUGAUACUUUAUACAAAGUUUGUACAGAACA